AUGGACAUCAAAGUAGAACACAGGCAAUCCCUUCUGAAGAAUGAGGAAACGGGAGGGACGGUCCAAGAAGAGCAGCAAACCAUUUCGGAAUGUGCAUCACCAGCAAAACAACCAAAAACCAAAAAACAAAAAGUCGUGAGAAAAACCUUCAAAGGAACAGCCCUUUUGUCCAAGCUUCUGCCUACAGGUUCAGUCCUCACAUUCGAAUUACUGUCCCCAAUUUUAACAAACCAAGGGCAAUGCAAAACCCAGGUGAGCCAAUACUUGACGCUAGGCCUUGUGGCAUUUUGCGCCAGCUUCUGUUUCUUUCUUUCUUUCACGGAUAGUUUUAGAGAUGAAAGGGGCAAGGUUCGGUACGGGGUGGCUACAUUUAAAGGGUUAUGGGUGAUGGAUGGUCCUGUAAAACUUUCAGUAGACGAGGCAAACAAGUAUAGGCUGAAGUUCAUUGAUUUUGUCCAUGCCUUGGUAUCUAUAAUGAUUUUUAUAGCGAUUGCUUUGUUUGAUAAAAAUGUUGUCAACUGCUUUUGUCCGAGGCCAUCAGAGGAGACCAAAGAGCUGCUAAUGGUAUUGCCUGCGAGCAUUGGAGUCAUUGGCAGCCUUUUGUUUGUUUCAAUCCCUAGCAAGCGCCAUGGAAUUGGCAGCCCUCUCACCAAAAAUUAGUUCAUCUUCCUGAAUCCUGAUCUUUUCUCAUAAUGUUCCCAAGAGGCAGAAAGAACUCUUAUUUCCAAGAGAAUGCGAGUAUUCUUUUUUUACUGGAAAUAAA